AUGUUCCCCACUGGCAGUACAGAGGAUGUUUUAAGGCAGGUCAACCAGGUUUGGUCCAUGCUGGAUGAUCUUUCUCAAAAUGACCCUGCAGCGUACCGCACCUUCAUUGAGAAACAGAUGAAGGAUGGAGCAGAAUUCAAUGCGCCACCUGAGGUCGACUCUUGUUUGUGUACUGAAAUAGUGGAGCCCAAGAAAGGGUCACUGUACAUCAACAUUUGCAGCUGGAAACGCGUGCCUGCACCUCAGGAUCCCAGCAGGCCUUUACCUGUGUGUGCAGGAAAACUGGAAACAGACACAAAUGAAGGUCAAGGUUGGUACACAGUGUUGGAUGUGGCAUUAAACCCUGCAGUGCUACAGGACAACGAGGAAGACAAAACAGAGGUCUAUAUGCUGGCCCUGAGCUUUGUCCAGCAGCAGCAUGGGAUGAGGGUAUCUCAGCAGUACACUGUCGUCAGCUGCAGCCCAAAAAGUAGCCCAGAUGACUUGUACCGCCGCCUUGGUUUUCAGCAGAGGCCCAACACCUCCAAACAGCCAGACACAGACAGUCAGACCCCAGCCGCCCUCCUGCAGCAGAUCUCCUCUCUACGCUCAGAGAAACAAGACGAGGACACAGCCCAAAUUAUCUGUAGACCUGCGGAGCACAAAAAGAAGGAUUUGAUCCAGGUUAUCUCCACCACAUUUGUGCAGCCUCAGAAGCCAGAGUACCAGCUUGAGGUGAAGACUGAUACAGCAGGAGUUCCUCACAGCAUGGAGCUGACAGUGGAGCUGCCAAAGGUUUGCUUCAUGUCAGACUGCCAGCUGAGAAUCUCCAAGGACGAUGUCUUACUGGAAGUGGAGGAUGUGUACUAUUUACUUUUGGAAUUUCCAAAAACUGUAAAUGAAGACACUGCAUCUGCCAUCUUUAACAAGAAGAAGCGAAGGCUUACUUUGAGAGUAGAUGUUUUCUGA